AUGGAAUUCUAUAAUUCUCGGAACGCUUACAAGGAGUGCGACGAGGUGGAGUCUAAUGUGGAUGAAGUGUUGCCCGAGAAAGAGGAGCCAGAUCCCGAACAAGGUCCGCGGGAGGAUCUACCGCGUCUUCGUGGCCUGGGAGACAAGCUGAACUGCUUCAAGGCUAAGUACUUCGACGAGAAUCCUCUCGACAAUCCGCUGUUCGCCGAAAAGUUGAUACAGGAGCCGACUCAGCCUUCGGAAUUGGAUCCAGCAAAGUUCGCCUCCAGGAUCAUGGUGUUACCUAAAGAGGACGACGAUUAUGUUGUGCCUCGAGUGUCGAAGAAGCCGGAACGUAGCGGUCGUCAAUGGUGGAACCGAAAUCGACCAUACGAGAUGCACGAGUCGAUACAGGUCAAUUACAAGCACGAUCCACGAACUGGAAGAGGCAGAAAUGCGUAUCUGCACACUGUGCGAGGUUCGAGGCCACCUAACACGAUGCACAGACCAAAGAAUCGAAAAUUGAAGCCAAAAGUCAGCACCACUACGCAGUCGCCGAAAAUGUAUCAAACUGUAUCUUAUCAAAACCAGGUUUACGAGGAUGUGAUGGGCAACAUCAGAAACAUGGCGAACGCUUAUCAGGUCUACGAGAUAACCACUUUGCCAUCUAUGCAGAUCUUGGAUACCGCCGAUAGUGAGAAAGCAUUAAAGAUUGCGGACAUUACAUCGAAUUCUUCUUCAAAGGAAGACAAUACGUCGGAAGAUGUUAUUGAUGACGUUAAUGAUGCUACGGAUGUCAUAAGCAACAUGAAAUCGUCGGAGAUCGAAGGAUUAGUGCCACCUCCAAAAUAUUCAGCUCCGAGGAAAACAAGUUACAGAAAAUAUAGACCACUGGGUAAGAGAAAAAUAACUUUGCUGAGAUCUUCAAAUCCUCCUCGUAUUAUCGCUCAUCAUCAUACCAUUAAGAUAAACAAGCGCAGCACAGAUGAUAUCGCAAAGAAUUUCUCUGAAAGUACGAUUAAUAAAAAUGAAAAGAUUACCACUGAAGAACCUAUCAAAAUUAAUAUCGGAAAUGAUACAAUGAUAAAAUCGAUAGAAGUGUCGCAAAAUAUAAACUCGACGCCUAAAAUGUUGGACUUGAAUAUCGAGGAGAGCAGACAAAUUAACACGCAAGAAAAUUUGUCGACGACUUUGAGGAUCAACAAUAAAAAAAGACGAAGAAACUCUACGAAUAGCGAUGAGACGAACGAACCUUCUCGCAAAGUCAUCUACACAAUCAAAGAUCGAAUCAGAUACUCGAAGCCCAAAUGGGAUACGAGAAGAUUCGGUAAGUUUAGCACGACUUCGAAAACGGUAGACGAAGACAGCAGGCGAAAAGAGCCUCGGUAUAAUUAUUUCGAAAGAAAGAAGAAGCUAGAUGAUGAUUGGCGAAACAAUUCUACGAUAAUGAAUUCGACGGAAAACACAUUUGAAGUCGGAAAUACAACAUUAUCGACAAAAGGUGAAGAAAGUAACACAACCGAAGUAUAUCGCGCAGAAGAAUCUGUCGUGCAUCAAACAAUUUAUAGAAAUAAUAAAUAUCCAGAGCGAGAAGAGAGCGUUGAUGAAAUAGAAUCUGCGGAAAAUACCGAUGAUGAGAUAGAAAGUGCUACAAACACGUAUCAAGUUCGCGAGGAUAUCGAUGAGGAGCACAAUUCUACGACCACGAAAUCGACGAAAUCGACGAGUCCUUCAAACUCGAAGAAAGUCCUGGAUCUACGAGAAUAUUUGGAAUCUGAACCACCAGGAUACGCAGAAACAUUCCCCGAUGAAACGACGACAUUAUCGAGUAAAUAUCGAACAGACGUAAAUCACGAGUUAGAAGACGACGAAGAGAAGCAGGACGAAGAGACUGAUUAUCCAAAAAAUGUGGCGAAUCCAUGGGACGAUGAUUUCUCCGAGAAAGCUGAGGAACAAGUCGAAACGCCGAUGAAGACGGAAUCGUAUGCGCAGGACGACGAUUCUGAAGAACUUUCUUCAAAGGAAGAGGAAGCUUCUGACAAAGAUCAGACAUUUUUCACGUAUACGAAACGGCCAUCAUCGCUUGAAAAAGAAAAGGAUGACGAACGCAUCGAGAAAAAAAGGUUUUAUCGUCCAUUUCCAUUUUCAAGAUAUAAGUCGAAGUUCAAGAAGGAAAGUGAGGAGGAUGAUUCCGAAGAGGAGAGCGAAGAAAAGAAUGAAGAUUAUGUAUUUCCUUGGCACGCCGACGAAGAAAAUAAAAAAGAUAAGCGCAAAUGGCUACAGAACUUUGAUAGAUACGAAUAUCCUUGGGAGAGAAGAGAGAGACAGGCAAAAGAGCGACGAAGGAAUCAGAAACGAGCCAAUAGACUUAGAAAACUGAUUUUCGACGAUGAGGACGAAGAAGAAUCUAGGAGAUACGAGAGACCCGUUUAUCCUUGGGAGAAAUACGAUGUUCCCUCCAAGCCUCGCAUAAAUACGCGUAGACGCGACACUUUACGCAAAUAUAUCGAUGAUAGCGAAGAAUCUACCACCGAGACAUUACCAUUCACGAAGUUCAGCAGCAGAUAUAGUUCCACUGACAAACCAAAACCGUCAAAACCUCUUAAUGCAGGAGAGAUUAGUCGAUCCAUUAAAAAACUUUUGGAGGAAGAUAUAGAUGACGAAUCUAAAGAAAAAACCUUGGAAGAAGUUGAAGAAGAUCGCUCUCCUUUAUUCGUACAGAAAUCAUCACCUUCUCCGGACAGAGAAACUUCCAGAGCAACAAUCGUACCGGAAGAUAUCACGCAGCCACCAAGAAGAAAAAAUAGAAAGAAAACCUCUCAAGUUGAUAAGAAUGUAACUAAUGUAAAUAACUCGCACUUUGAUUCAAAAAAAUUAACAAAUGCAGGAAUAAUUAAUGAAGAAAAGGAAGAGAAGCCAGCGAUUGAAUAUCAGAAGCCGAACAAAAGUAACGACGAGUUAGAAUCGUGGAUACAAACAGGAAGCCAGUUAUCCAACAGUACAAAGGAAGUUUCUUUUGGAACUGAACAACCAUUUGGAACUAGAAAACAUCGACAAAAAAUUUUGAAAAAAAAUUCUACAAUUUCCCUUAAUAAUGCAUCUGUCAAGCCUAUUAAACCCGUCAAAAAAAAACGCAGAAAACUUCAAGCGUCAGUUUCGCCUUCGCCGAGAGUCGACCUUGACACAAGUAAAUCGGUUUUAACACCUGUUCAAAGAAGAUAUUCCAAGGCAGACGAGGCUACAAAGACAAAUACGUCGGAGUCUUCUAAAAAGGAUACUAAAACGAGGCAGACUGAUAAUCUUGAAAUUGAAACUUCAACUCCGAAAACCCGAACGAUCGAACAUCGAUCGAAAGUUUCAAAAGAAAAAAUCUUCACGAAAACCACUUAUCCGAACGAAGCAGAGAAUUUUUAUCCCACGAAUGUGACAUUCGCUCGAAUAGAAUCAGGAGAAAAGGUAAAAACCAAAAAACGCAAAAAGAAUAAACGAAAAGAUAAUAGGAAUUCAAAUGAUAAAGAAAAGUUGAUAGAACGAGAGAUUGAGAAAAAAGAUUAUGAUAUUGAUCUCGUCAAUACAGAUAAAAUAAAAACACCAGUAAUCUCAGAAAAAUCUCCUUCGGUUGAAAAUGAAAAUCUUUUCAAAAAUUUUGAUAUGAAGAAAGAUGAAGUUAAAAAGAUAAGUGAUCAUAAUACUUACGACGGAAUCAGUAAUGACGAAAACAAGAAUGACAAAAAUGGCUUUCGAAUGUUAUCAGAAGCCUACACAGUAACUAACUUACUGCAAAAUAUUCCACCUAAUCAAAUAAGAAGCAAUCAAGCCGAUGAGAGUAGAAUAAAUAGAGGAUGGAAAGAGCAAUACAGCGAGGAGAUGGAGAAUAGAGAAAAGGAUACAGAAGGAAGAGAGAAAUCGUUAUUACAGGCCAAGUUUAUAAAAGAUCCGGAGCGCAGGCUAUAUUAUUAUGUGGAACACAAAUGA